UACCUGGAAUUUUUGCCAUCACCACAACAAAAAUCUUGACAAAUUAUAUUUCAAAUUUAUUGAAAUAACAACACAUGACAUCACAUUUUAUAAUGAAUCAAAAUAAAUAACAUAACAACAAAAAAACACAAAGGAAAUAAAAGCGCCAUUGGGCCUUCUCGUCACACCUGUCAUGUCUCCAUGCCCCCACCAGAGGGGGGGCUGCCCAACAUUUUGUGAAGCACUGGUUUAAUUCACGUUUGUAACAUUGUGUUCCUAAACUUCAUCAUCAGGGGGCGACAUAGUCCCAUUUACUUGUUACUUGACGUUAUACCUUGAAGGCAAUUUAAUCCCGAUAUCCAAAUACUUGCAUACCCCUGUUUAAAACAUUGCUGCCUUUACGUGGUAUCGAAAUUAUAAUGUAAACAAAACAAACAUCGGAUAAAACCUGUGAUAAACAGAUCGUUUACAUGACUGAAGCUCCUAAGUCUUAGCAACAACUCCCUAAUCAGACCGGUCAAAAUGAAGAGAGACUAUUUUGUCCACGUUGUUGCACAGUGACACCAGUGGGCGCACAAACGCGCGUGUAGUACUUAGAGACGGAAAGUAUGUGGAGGUUUGUUUUUUUUGGAGGUGGGAAAGAAACAGCAGCAGAGACUUAACGCUGUCUCAGUGAGUGACGGUUGAAACGUGGACUAGUUACAGUCGCCUGUAGUUUGUUCGGUCCCCUCUAAGUAGGUUGUGAUCACCUCAGUGACUAAACGCCUCAUCAUCCACCUUGGCCUGCUUUUAUGUCUUCAGAUUCCUGCGACUCCCGUGGAUGAGUCUAGACGUCAUCCGCAUGAUAAUCUGUUUACUGGAGCAGAGCACAUGCUGGGGAUUAACAGAUUGUAAGAUGCAGUUCCAUCUUUGACAAACAGCAGCAGCUUCUAAAGUCCUAGCACUGGAAAAGCUGUCAGAGGGCCCAGGUUCAGGACCUGAACCUGUCGUACCAGUGUGACAACGUAUGAGUCUGCUACUGGAACCUGGAUGCAACAACCGACUCUGUGAGUGUGCUGGGAAAACUGCUUGGCUGUGAGAUGUUUGGACCUUCUCUCCUCUGUUGUCACCAUCAUCGUCUUCAUCAUCAUCAUCAUCAGCUGCUGCUUCUGCUGCUUUGCAUUGCAGCAGCUGUUCUCAGGACUCAUGGUGAGGUAAUAACCUCCUCCAGUCUGACUGCAGAGGUGAACCGCCCCUUUGUGCUCAGCUGUAACAUCACAACAGCACCAGGAAGCAGUGUCCGACAGGUCCGUUGGCUCGACCAGCACAGAAAGGUCAUGCUGGCCUACCAACAGAAGGUGCCACCUCACAUCAGCCACCAGGAGCAAAGUGUGGAGCUCACAGGCCAUAACAAUAACAGCAGCUCCAUUACCAUCAGGCGAGUGCGGCUUGAGGACGAGGGCUGCUACAGUUGUGUCUUUGACGUUUACUCGACGGGGUCACAAGAAGGCAUAACAUGCCUCAAAGUAACUGGUAAAGUGCGCCUAGUGGGUAACAAGACGGCCAUUAGUGGGAAUUCGGCCACACUCUCCUGCUGGUACAGCCUCCCAGUGCGAGUGCAGCAGGUGCUGUGGAGGAAGACCGCGGAGCAGGGUGACACCACCACUGUGGCCGCCUACAGCAAGAAAGGCCACUUCAGUAUCGAAGACGCCUUCAGAAGUCGAGUGAGCCUGAGUCGAACCCUGGACAACACGGAGCUGACCCUGCUGUCGGUGAGCACAGAGGACGAGGCCUGCUACACCUGUGAGUUCCACACGUACCCUGAUGGAGAAAGGAGCGAUGUCGCCUGUCUCUCCGUCUACGUUUUACCCAAACCAGAGGUGAAUCACAUGACUACAUCGCCGGGAAUCACCGAGGCUAACUGCACCACUCAGUCUCGCCCUGCGGCCGACAUCUCAUGGAACAUCGAGGGAGACAACCGGACGAUUGGACCACCCUUGUUGUCGUCCCUCGAUCAGGGAGAUGGAACAACUGUGGUGAUCAGCACUAUCAUCUUCCAAUCAGAGCUCUUGGAUGAGCUGUCAGUCAAGUGCAUUGUGCACCACCAUGGUUUGGAGAAAGCCAUGACAGUUCCUCUUUACCCAAAAGUGGGUCCACUUGUUAUCAUCCUGCUGUCAGUGUGUGGUGUGACUGCAAUACUCCUCAUCUGCCUGUGUGUGUGUCUGUGCAAGUGUUUCGUCUGUACUAAAGACUAAUUUGGAGCCUGGCCUCAUCCCUGUUACUGUCCUUACUGCUGAUUCUGUUGAUGAGCGUCCUGCAGAGCUCUGGACCUGAUGUGCAUGUUCAGCAGCCUGUUGUCCACCUAGACAUGCACAGGAAGGACAGAUCUUUGACACACUGGACUCCAAUGCUGCUUGUAAUGCCAUCAGGAGCUGGUUUGACAUAUUUAAAGGUUGAAAAUCACAUUUAACUUUUAGCAUAAAUUAGCUGUGAGGCAGAAAGGCUGUUUAUAAAGGAACUGAUCUGAUAUUUAAAUGUAGAAAACUUGAAUGUGUUUCUGUUAGAUGUUUAGCCAAAGCUAGGUAAAACCAGGGGAGGGGGGGUUACACUUUUGUAACUUGCUAAAAGGCAAUAAUAAGGGAUAAAUAAUUACUUUUGAUGACAAGUUUGAAAGCAAAAGUCUAAUGUUUGAAGGUUAUCCAGAGAAAGAAAAAAAAUAAGUCAGUUCAAACUAUGUGUCUAUUAUUUAGAAAGCAGAGAAAAUAAAAGUUACCAAAGCUCACUGCAUGUUUAGAAAUAAAUAACCAAACAUUGUUAGAAAUAGUUACGAAAAAUCUUUACAACUGACAAAAAAGAGCGACAAAGCUGACACUAGGAAUCAAACUUAAAACUUCUACGGCACAGAGAGUUAAAGUUAAUAAACAUGGCAUGCUCAGGGUUAGCAACUAUACAGUAAUCAUAUCAAAUAAUAACAAAACACACACUAUCGGUUCCAUUCAAACAACAACCAAGGUGAGAUGGUCAAAUGUUUAAACCAGGGGUCACCAACCAUUUUAAAACUGAGAGCUACUUCAAGGGUCCUUAAUAAUACAAAGAGCUACGGUUUUGACACAGACUUACAGUGUACAGGGUAAUAAUAUAAAUAUAAAUAUAAUAAUAUAGUAUAGACAGAUCUAGGAUCAUGUAUUGUAGUUAAGACAACAUCGUUCACUCAGUUACAGACGGCAAAUGUACACAAAUAAACAGCAGGUUAACUGGGUUAUCACUGUUUUUCUGUUCUGUUUUAUUAGCACUAGAAUACUUUCAACAUUUUACAAUGUUACGAAUUUAUAAACAAACAUUGACCUGGACUCUCAUAUUUGUAAAAACAAAUCUCAUUAUUUGUUUAUGUGAAAAAAAAGACAAUAUGACACCAAAGUGAGGGACGGCCAGAUAUUGAGUUACUGAUAAAAAAAAGAGUUGAAUUUCUAAAAAUAAAUCAGCUAUAAAGUC